CUGAUUCAGAUAAUGUAUUGCUUUCUUAAUUCUUUCGGUUACCAUUUAGCAGUACUGAUAACUAAGAGUACUUAAAAACAAUGAGUCACCAUAGCUCAAACCGUGAUUCAGGAAGAAAUGUUCGAAGAUCAAAUGUGGAGUUUGGAAGGACUUUUGUGGUCAUGCCCAAAGGAACUCAUAAAGCAACUAUUGUUUGGUUACAUGGCAUUGGUGAGAAGGGCUCAAGUUGGACUCAAAUCUUGGAAAGUUUUUCACUUCCUCAUAUCAAAUGGAUCUGCCCAAGUGCACCAUCGCGUCAAGUAACGCUAUUUGGUGGAUAUCCUUGCACUGCUUGGUUUAAUAUGACAAGCAUGUCAGUAGAUGCUUGUGACGAUUUGGAUGGGUUGGAUGCUUCAGCACAACAUGUUGCAAAUCUCUUGACUAGUGAACCUGAUGAUGUUAAACUAGGAGUUGCAGGCUUCAGCAUGGGUGCGGCUGUUGCUCUCUACUCUGCAACGUGUCGAGCUCUUGGGCAAUAUGGGAAUGGGAAUCGAUACCCCAUCAACCUUAGUGCGGCAUUGGCUCUCAGUGGUUGGCUCCCUUCUCCAAGGAAUCUAAGGAAUAGAGUGGGAGCAUCACAAGAAGCUGCAAGACGUGCAAUAUCGCUACCUAUUUUGCAUUGUCACGGCCAAGUCGAUGAUGUGGUAGAGUACAAACUUGGAGAAAACUCUGCACAAACCAUGUAUUCUGCUGGAUUCCAGAACCUAACAUUUCGAUCAUACAAUGGGCUUGGACAUUACACAAUCAUAGAAGAGAUUAACGAUGUUUGCAGUUGGCUCAAUUCAUGGUUAGGGGCUUAAUGGAACACAUUUGAUCUCCAUCUCGGAUGAAUGGAAAUUUUAGAGUUAGGGUGGGGGUGGUGUUAAUAGUUAUAUCGUAUCGUAUUAGAUUAUAUAUAUAUGAGCAUAAAAGCAUUUAAGUUUGAUAUAUCUGUAUUUCAUAAAGAAGGUAUCCUUCUAACUGUUUUUUAAGUGUAAUAAUUAGUUAAAUUCAUAUUCAUACAUCA